AUGGCCGAGACUCAGGCCAAGCUUCAGGCUCUGUCUGAUGAGUACCAGAAACUUCAACAAGAUCUACAAAACACGGUAAACUCUCGGCAAAAACUGCAAAGUCAACAGCAAGAGAACGCUGGUGUCUUCAAGGAAUUUGAGAAGCUGGGGGAGGACGAAACCAUCUACAAGCUCAUGGGUCCCGUGCUUCUGAAGCAAGAUAGGGUAGAGGCGGAGAGUACUGUUAAAGGACGGCUAGACUUUAUUGCAGGCGAAGUAUCGAGGUUGGAGGGACAGAUCGAGGAGACGCAGGGGGAGCUUGAGAAGAAGAAGGCGGAAAUCAUUCAUAUCCAAGCCUCUGCCCAAGCCGCCGCGAGCGGAAAAGCACCCCAAAAAUGA